GUUGGGCGGCGGGGCCCUCCGGGGUGUGGCCGCCUUGCGUCCCGCCCCGUGCCCCUCCUUCGAGGACUGCUCCCGGGUCGGGUGGUCGCUCAGGGUCUCAGCUCCGGCACCGCCAGCAGCGCACCCGCCGCCCGCUCCCCUGCCAGCUUUCCCGGACCAUGGCCAACAGUGAGCGCACCUUCAUCGCCAUCAAGCCUGACGGCGUGCAGCGCGGCCUGGUGGGCGACAUCAUCAAGCGCUUUGAGCAGAAGGGAUUCCGCCUUGUGGCCAUGAAGCUAGUUCAGGCCUCUGAGGAACAUCUGAAGCAGCACUACAUUGACCUGAAGGACCGCCCAUUCUUCCCGGGACUGGUGAAGUACAUGAACUCAGGACCAAUUGUGGCCAUGGUCUGGGAGGGGUUGAAUGUGGUGAAGACGGGCCGAGUGAUGCUUGGGGAGACCAAUCCAGCGGAUUCUAAGCCAGGCACUAUUCGUGGGGAUUUCUGUAUUCAAGUUGGCAGGAACAUCGUUCAUGGCAGUGAUUCAGUAAAAAGUGCUGAGAAAGAAAUCAGUCUAUGGUUUAAGCCAGAUGAAUUGAUUGACUACAAGUCUUGUGCCUGUGACUGGAUCUAUGAAUAAGAGGCGGACAAAACGGCCUUCUCCUCCCUUUGGCACUGCUUGAUGUGCCCCCCUAUACAGCUCUUCAUUCCACAGACUUGGAAGCAAUAGGACUGAGGAUUUUUUUUUCUAAAGCAUAUUUACCAAUAAAGCCUUUGGAA